GCACCUGAUCUUUUAGAUCCCAAAUCAGCCACGCACAACACCAAACCACGGCUGUCGUUCUCCUCCAAGCCCAUCGUGUACAACUCUGGAGAUGAUUGUGAGAGCAUAACCACCGUGAUGAAGUGGAAAACAGUGCUGGCCAUCUUCCUGCUGGUGGUCCUGUACCUGAUCAUCGGCGCCACCGUGUUUAAAGCCCUGGAACAGCCUGAGGAGGGCUUGCAGAAGUACCGCAUCAUCCAGGAGAAGAUCCACUUUCUCUCAAUGCACACCUGUGUCAACACCUCAGAGCUGGAGGAUCUGGUCAAGCAAGUGGUGUUUGCUAUCCGGGCCGGGGUCAAUCCAUCCGGUCACCCCUCCAAUGAGAGCAGCAUGUGGGACCUCAGCAGCUCCUUCUUCUUUGCUGGGACCGUCAUCACUACUAUAGGGUUUGGAAAUGUUUCUCCACACACAGAAGGAGGCAGGAUCUUCUGCAUUAUCUACGCCCUGCUGGGGAUCCCACUCUUUGGCUUUCUCUUGGCUGGAGUGGGCGAUCAGCUGGGAACCAUAUUUGGCAAAGGAAUCGCCAAAGUGGAAAAGAUGUUUGUGAAAUGGAACGUGAGCCAGACUAAAAUCCGUGUGACAUCCACAGUCCUCUUCAUCCUGUUCGGGUGUCUUCUGUUUGUGGCUCUUCCUGCCCUCAUCUUCCAGCACAUCGAAGGCUGGAGCGCUCUCGAGUCCAUCUACUUUGUUGUCAUCACUUUGACCACGAUUGGAUUCGGAGACUUUGUGGCAGGGGGCUCUGAGAUUGAAUAUCUGGACUAUUAUAAGCCCCUCGUGUGGUUCUGGAUCCUGGUGGGUCUUGCGUACUUCGCUGCAGUGCUCAGCAUGAUUGGAGACUGGCUUCGGGUUAUCUCCAAAAAGACCAAAGAGGAGGUGGGAGAGUUUCGUGCUCACGCUGCAGAAUGGACGGCUAAUGUGUCCGCUGAGUUCAAAGAGACGCGCCGCCGCCUGAGCGUGGAAAUCUAUGACAAGUUUCAGCGGGCCGCGUACAUCAAACGCAAGCUGUCAUCAGAGCUCGGCCAAAACCCAGGCCAGGACAUGAUGCCAUGCAAGCGAACCCUGUCUGUAAACUUCACAGAUGAACUAGAGAGAGAAGGUCUCCCUACUUUGACCAAAAACGGCAGUCUCUACCUGAACGGGCUCACUCCAGACUGUCCCGAUCGCAGCGAGAUCUCCAUCAUUGAACAUCUCAAAUAAGCCCCCCGAGCACAUACUAAAAUGCAAGAAGAGGAAGAUGCUUUUGAGUCUACAGCUGUGUUUUCUCACAGAGCUAUCGGAAACUUUCAUGUCUUUUCUGGAUGUAUACAGAUACAGUUUUCAGCGUACUGAACUCAGAAUGAGCGUGACUUUAUGUGCCAGUCAAACGAAUCGUUUUUUAUAAGAGAUGUUUAAAAGAAGUUUGUAUUCCUGAAAAGGAAAUCAUAUUUGUGCCUUAAAACCCACCAGGAAAGACUUCCCAGAAGCUGCUACACUGGAUCCUGUGGAUAAAUGAAAUGCAUUGUUUUUAAGAGAUUGAAACAGCAGUCUUGUCUAAACGUCAAUGAACGUAGGAAGCAUUUACACAACUAAAAACAUUUUUGUAACUCAUAUUGGUUAGUUUACAUGACAACAAUGGUUUAGGGGCCUGAAAAGGCGAGCUGAUGAUGGUUUUAGUGCAUUUUUAAAAAGCACAUUGUUAUCAUCUGUGCAUUUAGU